CUGUCAGUGCUCAUCCAUGCCACCUGCCAGUGCCCAUCAUCAAUGCCCAUCAGUGCCACCUAUUAGUGUCCAUCAGUGCAGCCUAUCAGUGCCCAUCACUGCAGCCUCAUUAGCGCACAUCAGUGAAGGAGAAAAAUCACUUAUUUACAAAAUUUUAUAACACAAACUAAGAAAAAACAUUUUUUUUUUUUAAUUUUCAGUUUUUGGUUUGUUUAAGAAAAAAUAAAAAUCUCAGAGGUGAUUAA